CCUCCCCACAGUUUGUGUACCCCGCCAUUUGUGUACCCCACUUCUCCCGGUCUUCCUGCCCCCGGUGUGUCCCGCGCCUCACCAACGGCCGCUGCACCCCAUGACUCCCUCCCCUUGACCCCCUGUCCUGUCCCCUGACCCCUGCACUGCCACCCCUCCGCGGAGUGGAGACGGGCGGGCUGCCGUCUGCUGCGGCUCCUUCACGCGUGGUCGUGCAGGUGAAGGGCACGGAUCCUGGGCCCUGGGGUGUGGCCGGGCGUCGAGGUGAGGUCACAGGGGUCCGGAAGAACCAGGUGGGGAGAACUGCGGGGGGCCCCUUCUUUCUCUCCUUGUCGUCCUACCCGCAAGCAGAGUCCCGAGAAGCUGCGCUUCCGAGGAGCUGGAGCCACGGUAGCUGUGGGGACUUCGCCCCAGAGGUGCCAGCCAGCCGCCCAGGGGGCUGCAGAUGGACAGCAGGGAGUGUUCGCUUAGGGCUUUCCUGAGGAAGAAAGCAGAGUUGCAGCCUUCCCAGGAGAAGAGGCAGCCUUCGGGGCCACCAAGCCCAGUGAUGGCCUGGGGCUCGCCAGGUGCCCAGAGCAGCAGUCAGCAGGAGCUGCAGACUCAGGACUGGGUGUGCGAGCCGCAGGACACCUGGCGCCAGAGCCACCGCCGCUGGAGCGUCAGCAUAGAUGAGCGCCGGAGGCUGACCAUGCUGGGCCGCGGCGAGAAGCCGGGCCUCGCGGGGGCGCCCCCCUCCUGCAGGGACCUCGCGCGGAUCGUGGCCCAGCUGGUGUCCGAGGACGUGGACAAGGACGUGCUCUUCCCCCACCCGCCGAGGUCCUCCGAGUCCACCAACGCCUUCCAAGCCUUCCUGGUCCGGAGCAAGCCUUUCUGGCACAACGUGACUCUGGAGGCCCCGGCUUCGAGGUCGCCGCCCUCCUAAGAAUCGACUCAGACCAGUGUUUUGUCUUCUGGCGCCUUUCCUGCGGGUACUGGGGAGGCGGUCCCUGCGCCCUCCCUGUACCCUCCAGACAGUCGUGAGCAGCCCAGGGAUAAGAGAACAGGCCUGGGGGGACGUCUGGCUGCCCCCUCCUCAGGACACUCACCCUUGGAAGUCACCUCUGGUUGGGGUUCCUUGUCCCAGCCCAGCCUCCAAGAGGCCACCUGGAGGGUCUGGGGGACAGGGUAGAGUGGCCCUCCAGGAUGGCCCCCUGGGCUGCCAGCAGAGGGUGCCCAUCCCCAGCAGGGCCAUCGUCCUGGGACCAGCAGCCGUGGGUGGCCUGGGAGGGCGUGAGGCUCUAGCAGCUCCCCUUCUGGGCCUGCUUCACGGACAGCUGUCAGCAGCCCAGGUGGAAGGGGUCUGGGCUGGGGAGCCUGGCCCCUGGGGUGAUUGGGCACCCACCAGCUGGAGGGCUGCAGUCCAUGGGGUCGCAAAGAGUUGGAUACGACUGAGCACGCAUGCACCUGGGCAGGGGUGCAGCAGUGAGGGGGCCACGCUCUUCCAGCGGGUGGAGGUUUGGACGUUUGAACCACUCGGUGCUGGCGCCGCCCGGCCCAGAAGCACCGGGUCCUCGGCAGGCCCACGGGGAGACGAUGUGAUGGGGAGAAGGCCAGAGGCCGCGGGGGCCAGGGCGGCUCCCACACAGAGGGAGGCUUCCUGGAGGAGGUGGCGCUGUCCCUUCUCUGCACGGGGAGCUCGUAGGUGGACGAGGGCCCAGGAGGCAGGGAGGGCAGAGGGCCUGGGGCAGCUGUGAGGAGCUCGCCCUGGCCUGCCAUGCUGUCUGCCUUUGCCUCAAGUUCGGGGGUGGACAGGAGGCUUCUGGGCUCUAGGUGACAGUGGCAUGGGGCUGCAUCUGGGGAGACCAGGCUGGCAGCGA